GGAGAAAUAAAGUUGCGUUUUCAAAUUUCUCCCGCGUAGUGUGGACGAGACCUAAGAUCUGUAAGAAGAGCACGUAUCCAACUGUUUAACAAAUCGAGUUUAUAUUUAAAAGAAUCAAGUCGGACACAUAACAGCUACGGAUCAAAUUGCUUUCGGUAAGUAGGUUUACUUUCCACAUGAAAUUUAUGAGGCUGGAAGAGGCUGCAGGAAGGUUGAAAAAGUCCUGUCCGAUGAAGUCUGGAAACCAGUUUGCAAGUUUCAAGAUGGCGGCUGUUUCUCUAUUGGUUGGUCGCACUUCCAGAUAUUUUUCACCCACGGUCAGGGCAUUUUGUUCAAAGGCCGUCAUAGAUCGUGGAGUUGUUCUCGGUGUGUAUGAGGUAGACAGCCGUAAUGACACGGACAAAUGCGAAGUAGAGAAUUUCUUUACCGAUGCAGCUAAAAAUUUCAACUUAAGAACUUCAGGAAGGCUCAAAGAAAUGAUCAAACUGUCUGGAUUUGAGGGAAAGACUGGCAAAUCAAAAACAUACUUCGGUAUUGAUAAGGAUUAUGCAUGUGUUGUUGUUGUUGGUCUUGGCAAGAAAGACAUUGAAUCAAACACUGAGACAAGUGAAGAAAGUCAAUGUAGUGGCAACUGUAGGCAAGCAUCAGGAGUUGGUGUCAAGGUUCUAAGGGAUUGUGGAGUUCAGACAGUUGAAGUAGACACAUUUUCAGAUCCUCAAGUGGCAGCUGAAGGUGCUGGCCUUGCGCUGUUUAGCUAUGACACCCUGAAAUCUGACAAAAAAUUACAAGUGGAUCUUCGACUUCAUGAGCAUGUAAAUGAAAGUAAUUUACGGAGUAAUGAGGAGAAAACUCAUUUACAUACCUGGCGUAAACUUUGGCAAGAUGGGCUAUUGUUAUCUGGAGCGCAAAAUUUUGCCAGAGAGCUUAUGGAAACUCCAUCAAACCUUAUGACACCAACAAUUUUUGCUGAAACACUCACUCAAAGGCUCUCUGAUAUUGAAAAUGUGCAAGUGUUUGCUAGAGACCAGAGUUGGGCUGAGCAGCAAAAGAUGGGUGCUUUUCUUAGUGUUGGCAAGGGCUCAAGAGAACCAAGUGUGUUCUUGGAAAUGAAGUAUUCUGGUGCGAAGGAAAGCAAUUCACCACCUUUAAUUUUUGUAGGAAAAGGUGUAACAUUUGACAGUGGCGGUAUUAGCAUCAAGCCAGCAGCUGGGAUGGGACUGAUGAAAGGUGACAUGGGUGGAGCCGCUACAGUCAGCGCAGCUUUUGAAGCCAUAGCAAGGCUUAAAGUGCCAAUCAAUGUCACGGCUCUUGUGCCACUGUGCGAGAAUAUGCCAUCUGGAAGUGCUAACAAACCUGGAGAUGUCGUCACUGCAAUGAAUGGAAAGACUAUUGAGAUCGACAACACAGAUGCAGAGGGAAGACUAAUUCUCGCCGACGCUCUUUGUUAUGCAAAUAAACUUAAUCCUCUUGCCAUCAUCGACGCUGCUACACUGACCGGAGCGAUAGAUAUCGCCUUGGGGCAGGGAGCAGCAGGCGUCUUUACCAACUCACCGACAUUGUGGCAUUGUAUUUUUCAGGCCGGGUUUGACUGUGGGGAGAGAAUGUGGCGUAUGCCAUUUUACAAGCACUACACUGAACAGAUAGAGUCCGAUGUUGCUGAUUUAAGAAACACAGGCAAGAAGAGGUCAGCUGGGUCGUGUACUGCAGCAGCCUUUCUCAAGGAGUUUGUCGAGGCUAAACACUGGGCACAUUUUGACAUCGCUGGUGUGAUGGACAACAGCGCAAAUGCUAUUCCGUAUCUUAACAAGGGCAUGUCAGGUCGACCAACAAGAGCCUUCGUGGAAAUAGCAAGACAACUUGCAGUCAAUAAAUUAGAUUAGAGAACUGUUCCUACUUGUAAAACACAAACCAUGAAGCACUUUACGUCUUAGAUGGAGAAACAGACAGAAAAAGUUAUCAGGGAGACAUCAUUUUGAUUGCAAAGACUGGGGGAUUAGGUAAUUUCUUUUGAAGCUAUAGGUUUUCCUUUACCUAGCACCACGAAAAUAAAAUGAAACAAUUAAGGAAUUAAACCCCGCGUAGUUAUGUCGAACCUUUUGAACUUACUCAAGAACUAAAACUGCGAACGUGGAAAUAUUUAUCAACUUACUUUUUAGAUUCUGGGUGAAAUUGAUACCGUAUACUAAACACAAUGCAGUUUUACGAAAUCUGAGCGUAUUGAUCUAAAACAACAAUAAAUAAUAGUGAAGUACAAAUUUAAUAUAAUAAAAAUAUUUUUAAAUUCGUAAUCGA